GUGCUUACCUAACGAAAUGGUGGAGUCCAGACUAGGACUUGGAAAUGAAGGGAGUGUAUACGACUAAAGACAAAAGGAACUGCACACAAGCACUGGACUCAAGUUGAUACAGUUGUUAUUCACAGGGGGAUGGAAGAGGAGAACCCUUCCUUCUCUUGCUCUUUCUGAGUCAUAGAACUGGAAAAUUGCUGUAUAGCCCACAGGGAAGCAACUGCCUAAGUCUUCUUAUGAGAAUCAGCAAGGCCAACAAUAUGGCUUUUGGCAUGGCAGAUAGGAAAGCAAGAGGAAAAUGUUCAUGUUCUGAUUUGAUCUGUGAUGUGGCUGUAACAUGAAUCCCUCCAUUGGCAAACAUGAAUUGACUGGGCACAAAGUUGCUGUGAAGAUACUCAAUCGACAGAAGAUUCGAAGCCUUGAUGUGGUAGGAAAAAUCCGCAGAGAAAUUCAGAACCUCAAGCUUUUCAGGCAUCCUCAUAUAAUUAAACUGUACCAGGUCAUCAGUACACCAUCUGAUAUUUUCAUGGUGAUGGAAUAUGUCUCAGGAGGAGAGCUAUUUGAUUAUAUCUGUAAAAAUGGAAGGAAAUCUGAUGUACCUGGAGUAGUAAGAACAGGCUCCAUGAAGGAGCUGGAUGAAAAAGAAAGUCGGCGUCUGUUUCAACAGAUCCUUUCUGGUGUGGAUUACUGUCACAGGCAUAUGGUGGUCCAUAGAGAUUUGAAACCUGAAAAUGUCCUGCUUGAUGCACACAUGAAUGCAAAGAUAGCUGAUUUUGGUCUUUCAAACAUGAUGUCAGAUGGUGAAUUUUUAAGAACAAGCUGUGGCUCACCCAACUACGCUGCACCAGAAGUAAUUUCAGGAAGAUUGUAUGCAGGUCCAGAGGUAGACAUAUGGAGCAGUGGGGUUAUUCUCUAUGCUUUAUUAUGUGGAACCCUUCCGUUUGAUGAUGAUCAUGUGCCAACUCUUUUUAAGAAGAUAUGUGAUGGGAUCUUUUAUACCCCUCAGUAUUUAAAUCCAUCUGUGAUUAGCCUUUUGAAACAUAUGCUACAGGUGGAUCCCAUGAAGAGGGCCACAAUCAAAGAUAUCAGGGAGCAUGAAUGGUUUAAACAAGAUCUUCCAAAAUAUCUCUUUCCUGAGGAUCCAUCAUAUAGUUCAACCAUGAUUGAUGAUGAAGCCUUAAAAGAAGUGUGUGAAAAAUUUGAAUGCUCAGAAGAGGAGGUUCUCAGCUGCCUUUAUAAUAGAAAUCACCAGGACCCGUUGGCAGUUGCCUAUCACCUCAUAAUAGAUAACAGGAGGAUAAUGAAUGAGGCCAAAGAUUUUUACUUGGCAACAAGCCCACCUGAUUCUUUUCUCGAUGAUCAUCAUUUGACUCGGCCCCAUCCUGAAAGAGUACCAUUCUUGGUUGCUGAAACGCCAAGGGCACGCCACACCCUCGAUGAAUUAAACCCACAGAAAUCAAAACACCAAGGUGUAAGGAAAGCAAAAUGGCAUUUGGGAAUUAGAAGUCAAAGUCGACCGAAUGAUAUCAUGGCAGAAGUUUGUAGAGCAAUUAAACAACUGGAUUACGAAUGGAAGGUUGUAAACCCAUAUUAUUUGCGUGUUCGAAGGAAGAAUCCUGUAACAAGUACAUACUCCAAAAUGAGUCUACAGUUAUACCAAGUGGAUAGUAGAACGUACUUACUGGAUUUCCGUAGUAUUGAUGAUGAAAUUACUGAAGCCAAAUCAGGGACUGCUACUCCACAGAGAUCAGGAUCAGUUAGCAACUAUCGAUCUUGCCAAAGGAAUGAUUCAGAUGCUGAUGCUCAAGGAAAAUCCUCAGAAGCUUCACUUACCUCAUCUGUGACCUCACUUGACUCUUCUCCUGUUGACUUAACUCCAAGACCUGGAAGUCACACGAUAGAAUUUUUUGAAAUGUGUGCGAAUCUAAUUAAAAUUCUUGCACAGUAAACCUAAAACUUUGCUUAUUUCUUUGAUAGCAAUAAGCAUGCAUAAAAAAUCAUAGCCAAAUGCUUCCAUUUAUAAUCAAGUUAUAAUUAUAACUGAGGAUUGGCCUUUUGGAAUGCAAUUUGCACAGGAAUUGGAACAUGAUUAAUAGUUAAAAGCCUAAUGUGCAAAAAUGAAUUAAGAUAAUUUUGUUCAUUGUUCAGUAGGCAUAUAGCAUAAUGUAAUUUUCACAAUGAAUUAUAGGUCUCUCAGGCUCACUUGAUUUUUGGCUGUUUUAUAUUUAAUGUAUACAGGGCUUUGUAGAAUAUUAAUUUACCAUAAAGGCCUUUAUGUAUUAUUACAAGUUGAUAUGUUCUAUAAUUGCUUCAUAAAUUUAUUCAAUAAAUAUUUGCCUAGAAUCCCCAGCGACCUUUAUAGGUGAUUUGUUUUGGGGGGAUCCUGAACUUCUUACAUAGCAGGUAUUUUCCAGUAGUGACAGGCUGGACAACUCUUCCAUAUCUCUUCCCUUAAUAUUCUUUAGUAUACGGUAAGCAUAUCAAAGAUUAGACAUAACUAAAAUUUUUUCUUUAGCUUGAUAAAUCCAAAAACACACAGAACUUAUAUAUUCAGAUACUCUAGGCACUAAGUUAAAUCUUAAAAUUUGUCUCACUAUAUUCUGUAUAUAAAUUUCUCUUUUUGUCACAAGAGCUGAGUUGCAUAUGCUAUAAAUAAAUCAUGUUUUUGUCAAUCUCACAAAUUCCGCUGCUCAUGUCCGUCAGUAUUAAAUGUAUACAAAAAUUUCUAGUCAUUCAAUUAUGUAUCUUUUAAAUUGAUUUAGCACACAGAAUAUUUCCUACCAUUUAAAUGCUCAGAUAAGACUUUUUCUCCCAAAUUUUAUCGUGACCAUUUUUAAAAACAAAAAUAGAAAGGCUAUAGGGUGAUCACAUGUGUAUCUACCACUUAGAUUCAACACUGGUUAACAUUUUGCCACAUUUGCUUUAUAUCUAUGUAUGUAUAUAGACAUAGUGUACAUAUGUACGUGUAUAUAGAUAUAUAUGUUUUUUUAUCCUUGAACCAUUUGGAUGUUGCUGACAUACUUAUCACCCUCAACAUUUCAAGCAUCUCCUAAAAAAAAUAACAUUUUCCUAAAAACACAUAAUACUAUUAUCAGAUUAGUAAUUCCCUAAAGUCAUCUAAUCAUGCAUAUUUAGGUUUCCCCAGUUGUCUUCCAAAUUUCUUUUAUAGCUGGCUAUUUCAAACCAGGAUUCAGUGAAAAUUUAGACAUUGCCAGGUAUGACAUUAUUACUUCAAUAAAAUAAUGGAACGAAUCAGUUAGUGCUUCUAAAUGGUCACAUUUGUUUUAGAUUUUAAUCAUUUUUUAAAAAGUAGCAUUAUGGGAACUGCCUAAAGAUGCUUAAUUAAUCUUUGUAAGAUCUCUAUACUUUCUUUUCCUUGAUCCUUCCUUUUUCCUAGUAGCAUUCCAUAAUAGUUGUAAAUGAAGAUUUAAAGUCACUUCAGUUAAAAUUGGUGUCCUGUGUAUGCUAAUAAAAAAUAAAAAGUACUAUAUCACCCAUAAUUGCCUUAUACUAUUUUAACUUCAAGGUAUUGAUUUUCUUUGGUAUCAAUCAUUUUUCCAUUGCAGAAGAGCUAUCUUAUUUCUCAUUUAAUACUUUUGUAUUAUAGGACUAUUUUUGGCAAAUGCAGUGAACACCUUUGUAACCAGACAGUAAUAUACUCAAGUGUCUUGAUAGCUUGCACAGUUAACUAUAGUUGUAGAUUUGGUUCCAGUACCCCUAGAAACAUGCAGUGAAUUCAAAAGAAAAAUCUUGCUUAUGUCCAGGACUUAUCUAUUCAACUUAGAAUCUGAAAGCUGUAUAAAAUAAUAGGAGUGCAACUUAAAUACUAAGUUCAAAACUGUAUAACUUGUAUGUGGCCCUGCAUUUUUGGGAUAUUGAUUUAAUGUAGGGUCUCUAAAUGCAGCAUUAUGUUCCUGAUGUUAAGAACAGAAGACUGUAUUUUUGAAAAGUUACAGAUUUGUACAUAGAACUAAGACAUUGUCAGAAUGUCUCUAUAAGCUGUUGUGGGGAGGUGGUGGGGCGGUGGGGGGGGGGAUUGAAAGGAGGAACCAAUUAAAUAGGACCUUCUAAAAAUUGUUAAUUUUGUAAACUUUGCUGCUUGUUAAGUUAUUGUGAUUCCUUUUAGUUACUGAGUUUUAUUUUGAAGAUAUUUAAAUAUUGCACUUGUACAAAUAGUAUGAUAAACGCACAGAUUAUUGCAGCAGAUUCUUUUUUAAGCUGGGAUAUUUGAAAUGACAACUUUUGGUUGAAUGUGUCGAGGUUGCAUCAGAAUUUUCAAAAAUUUAUUGUAGUUUGCAAAUUCUUACUAACUGAAGAUGUAAGGGAGUCAAUGCAAAUGAUUUUUAAUCUUUUUUUAUUAUCUUUUCAGCAAUUUAUAUUUUUUGUGAUUUAUGCAACCAUAUUUUUACUUUGUCUUGACAACUGAAAGAUGUAUAAGGUUUUUGCCAGAAAUGUACUGUAUACAUAGUUUUAAAUAUAACAGAUUUUACUGAUAUGUAAAAAUUUUGCCAUUAAAAUAAAUGAUUUCUCACUAAGAGGAAAUUUUCUACCAGGUUGGGGGAUAUGGGAGCUUAAUAUAUCUAAUUUAAAAUAAUUUCACUGAAAUAAAUUCCAUUGCUUUUACUUUGAUUAUAUUUUCUCUUGAGAUGCUUUUGUAGUUUUUCAGAGUUUUAAAUGAUUUUAUAUAAAAAGUCCUGUGCUUUCACCUUCCCCAUCCCCCCUCCAAUCCCUGCUUUUUGACCUUGUAGUUUUACCAUUCACACUGAAUGAAUGCUUGGUGGACUGUGGCUAGAUGUAGGACUCCAUGCAUCUAUGCUUGGACUGGCAUCCUUGGAAUGAAAAACAAAUGGUGUGCUGUUUAAAUCUUUUCCUCUUAAUUCUUGUCCAUCUCCUCCAUACACAGCAGAAGUCUUAUUUUCAUUGUGAAUUCUCCUGACAAGAUGAAUGAAAUUCCACAUACAACAUAACUAUAAAUUGGUAAUGGGGUAGAAAUCAAUCUUUGUGGUACAGUAUUUCUGAGAUGUGUUCGCAUAUGUUUCAACCGGGGUAUAUUUAGGUAUAUAAUUUAAAAUACUUUGAUUUAGAAAGUGGAUGAUAAAAACAUAAUUUUUCCUGUUACAGUGUGCUUAAAUUUUUAACUUCCAGAAAAAUUAAAUAAAAAGCACUUACUCCUAGCUGACCAUGUGUGCACCUUUUUGACAGUGUGCCUAAAUAUAAAACAUAGUGCUUAAACAAAUGUUAACACUCAGACGUGUGAUUUUUGUGUCAACUAAAUUACUGAGUUUUGAUUUCAUCUAAAAGUUAACCACCUGAACAAAAUAUUAAGAUAUAUACAAUAAAAGCCAAAGUGGUUACCAGUUUUCCUUGGUUGCUAACAUUAGAUUUGGUUAGAAUUCCACUACUGUUAGAAUUCAACUGUAAUGAAAUCUUAUAUCCCGUAUGGCACUGUUAGGCCUUGUGCCAGAUUGUUGGCAUUCCAAAUCGUUAAAAUAGUUUGAUAACUGUAACAAAAGAAAACAGUACUGAAUAAUGCUGUGAAUAGCACAUAAGAUUGUUCUUUAGGGAACUUAUAAAUUGCUCUAGAUAUUUAUUUACCCUGACUGUAUAAAACUGUACAAUAAAUGCUCUUGUUUGAAAAAUCAA